GCCCAGAAGUCAGUUCGUGCCCAACAAGAAGGUGUAGUCAAGAAGAAAUAUCCAAGAUGGCGCUUCACGUACCCAAGUCAUCUAUGCAGCACAUGCUGAAAGAAGGAGCCAAGAGCUACAGUGGUUUAGAAGAAGCAGUUUUUAGAAAUAUCGAAGCAUGUCAAAAACUCUCAGAAAUAACACAAACUUCAUUUGGCCCAAAUGGAAUGAACAAGAUGGUUGUCAAUCACCUAGAAAAAUUGUUUGUUACUAAUGAUGCGGCAACAAUGUUAAAAGAAUUAGAGGUGCAACAUCCAGCAGCCAAAAUGAUUGUUAUGGCCUCACAGAUGCAAGAACAAGAGGUUGGGGAUGGUACAAAUUUUGUCUUGAUAUUUAGUGGUGCUCUUUUAAGAGCUGCAGAAGAACUCCUUAGAAUGGGAGUAUCAGUACCAGAAAUUAUUGAAGGAUAUGAGAUGGCAUGCGAAAAGGCGCUAGAUUUAUUAAAAGAUUUAAGCUGCUCAACUGUGGGGAAACUAGAUGAUGAAAAGGAAGUAGUAAAAGCUAUAAAAACAUCUUUGGCUAGUAAACAGUAUGGAAAUGAAGACUUUUUAUCAGAAUUAAUAGCACAUGCUUGUGUGUCAAUACUGCCAAAGAAAUCCAAUUUCAAUGUUGACAAUGUUAGAGUGGUAAAAAUCCUGGGUUCUGGAAUCCAUACCUCAUCAGUACUACAGGGUAUGGUGUUCAAACGUUUAGUAGAAGGAGAUGUGAACAGUGCUAUGGAUGCUAAGGUUGUUGUGUACACAUGUCCUAUGGAUCUCCUGCAGACAGAAACCAAGGGAACUGUAUUAAUCAAGAAUGCUGCAGAAUUGAAAAGUUUUAGUAAAGGUGAAGAAGAACAGCUAGAACAGCAAAUAAAAGAAAUAGUUGAUGCUGGAGUCAAAGUGAUAGUGACAGGUGGUAAAGUUGCYGACUUAGCUAUUCAUUUCUGUAACAAGUACAAACUGAUGGUUGUCAGGCUGCAGUCAAAGUUUGACAUUCGUCGGCUCUGUCGGGCCAUUGGAGCCACACCACUGCCAAAAAUUACGACCCCCAAUGCUGAGGAACUGGGUCACUGUGAUAAUGUCCGUGUGGCUGAGAUUGGCGAUACUCCUGUCAUUGUAUUCAAACAAGAACGAGAAGAAUCUGCUGUCUCUACGAUAGUAGUUAGAGGUUCUACUGGGAAUAUCAUGGAUGACAUUGAGCGAGCUGUUGACGAUGGUGUCAACAACUACAAAGCAUUGACGAGAGAUGGAAGGUUUUUACCAGGAGCUGGUGCAACAGAAAUUGAGUUAGCCAAUCAGAUUGCCAGAUAUGGCGAGACAUGUGCAGGUCUAGAGCAGUAUGCUAUUGGUAAAUUUGCCGAGUCUCUGGAAGCUAUUCCUCGUGCUCUUGCUUCUAAUGCUGGGGUUAAUGCCACUGAAGUCAUCUCUAAACUGUAUGCGGCUCACCAGGAAGGAAAGAAGAAUGCUGGCUUUGAUAAUGAGGCCCUGGGUGCUGAGAUCAAAGAUGCAGCAGAGGCUGGUAUUCUGGACUCAUAUCUUGUCAAAUACUGGGCCAUCAAGUUGUCUACGAAUGCUGCUGUUACUGUUCUUAGAGUGGACCAGAUUAUUAUGGCCAAGCAGGCUGGUGGCCCCAAGCCAAAGACCAACCAAGAUUGGGACGAGGAUUAGAAUCUAACCCUUCCCUCGUUUUAACAACUUGAAUCAUGUGUGUAAUAUUAGUGUCUUCCUUGCUUGAAGUGGAAUUGUUGUGACAACAAUAAGCUGAAUUAAAAAAAUAUCAAGAAGUA